AUGUCAGACGACCAUCAAACUCAAUCGUACAGCAGCCACAUGCAUCCUAUCGAACGAUCCGAUUCUUCAGCUUCGGCUGCUACCUCGGACAACACCGAGUCCGACAUCAAUGGACCAGCAAUCCAUCACCCGAUUCCUGUGCGGCCGCGCCUGCCGAGCAGAAAAAGCAGCGGCCCCCUCGUGGUUCCCCGCGACAGUAGUGCUGUUGGACCAGUCGACGCCCCUUUUGGCCCCGACGAUGUUCGAGCAAUGAGCCCGCGACGAACUAGCGAAGACAUUGACAGACUCGGCAAAGAGGCGAGGGAGGAAAUGCGAAGACACGCCAAGCUUUUACAAGAUUCUCUCAUCACCAUCUUCAACCGCAUCGAGGCUGUGCGCGAAGAGCACGACAAGCUCGACAACAACAACAAGUUUCUGCAAAAAUACAUUGGCGAUCUCAUGAGCACCACCAAAAUCACUGCCUCUGGAAGUCGGGGGAAGAAGUAG